GGUGCCCGGACGGCUGACUUUCCGGCAGGAGCGCGAUUAGGGGAUGGGCGAGCCUGCUGACCCUGCGAUGUCAGGGAGACAGACGGCGUCACAUUGCCCCAGCACAGAGCGAUUCACGCCAAGGGAAAGCCGGGGAUCAGGAAGACAGAAACACAAAGCGGGAGAACCAUGUGUGACAUUGCAGGAAAAGGGCGAAGCAGCUCAUUCCUGAGCAUCGAAGCGUUCGUGUAAAGAUUGCAGGCUGCUGAGGCUGAGUGCGCAGGGGGAAGAGAUCGCCGACAUUCGGGAAUUUAACUUGCAACACGUCUAUGCAGAUAAAUAAAGUAAAACUAUGAGCAGAUUUUGGAACCAACUGCUGGCUGGGAGCUCUGAAGUGGAUUGGUGUGAGGGGAAUUACAUGAUCGUCUCAAACAUUGCUGAAUUUUACAACACGAUCAGCAAUGUUCUAUUUUUUGUGUUGCCACCUAUAUGCAUGUACUUAUUUCGGCAGUAUGCAACAUGUUUCAACAGUGGAAUAUAUCUAAUUUGGACUCUGCUUGUUGUUGUAGGUAUAGGUUCAGUUUACUUUCAUGCAACUUUGAGCUUCCUUGGUCAAAUGCUGGAUGAACUGGCAAUUCUUUGGGUUCUAAUGUGUGCCUUGGCCAUGUGGUUCCCCAGACGAUAUUUACCACAGAUCUUUCGACGAGACAGGAGCCGAUUUAAGGCUGCUGUUGGUAUUCUGUCUGGCGUUACCACGUGUCUUGCAUUUGUGAAGCCGGCAAUCAAUAACAUUUCAUUGAUGACACUGGGAAUCCCCUGUACAGCUCUGCUUAUUGCUGAAUUAAAAAGAUGUGAAAAUAUCCGUGUAUACAAGUUGGGUCUCUUAGCAGGUUUUUGGUGGGCUCUAGCCCUGCUCUGCUGGAUCAGCGAUAACCUUUUCUGUGAGCUCUGGUCUGCAUUCAACUUUCCAUAUCUACAUUGUGUCUGGCAUAUCUUGAUUUGUCUGGCUGCUUAUCUGGGAUGUGUUUGCUUUGCCUAUUUUGAUGCUGUCUCAGAAAUCCCUGAACAGGGCCCAGUCAUCAAGUUCUGGCCCAGUGAGAAGUGGGCCUUCAUUGGUGUUCCUUACGUUUCUCUACUUUUUGCAGAAAAUAAGUCUCAACUAAAAGUUACCUAAGAGGACAGUGACCCACUUGGCCACACAUUAUUUUGAGUACUAGCUUGGGAAAGCUUUAUUCCAUGAGGCAGAGGGUGCCUCCUAGAUUUCUGGAUUUAUAUACCUUGCACCUUAGAUCCACCUGUUAUUAACACCGAAUCUCUCAGGAGAUUAUGGGAGUGAAAUUUGUUAGAAUUUAAAAAUGUACACUUGAUUAAUUCACACUCAUUGGAGCAGAUUCAGGCUUACGUAAAAUUUGUGGUGCCAACUCAGUUACAUGAUUUCAGCUUUCAGCUGGCAUUAACUGUGGCUAAAAGCCCGACUUCAUGAGUGACCAGUUCAAGCUACCUUGUGUCGACUAUCCUGCAACUCUGAAAGGGAAUGAGCAUUGCAGCCGGAGCAGCUGAUGGACCCCUUUCUAGAGGUUUGCUGCUUGUUAGAAGAGAUGGCAGAAUACGAGCAAGAGAGGGCAUCCAAGUUUUCUUAUGCAGAACUGGAAGCCUUAGGCAAUGUGGAGAGAAGGAAUGAGCUUCUGUGAUCACAGAAGCUGGAAUGGUGGUGAAUUCAAAUAAUGCAGCCAAAUGGACAAGAAAACAGCUACAAAAUUUCAGAGACCUUUUCUACACAGUCGAGGUCAGUAAAUGAAUCUUCAAAUCCCAUCAACAGCACCAUGGUCUGGCCUGCCAGAAAGCACACAUAGGAUGUCAGGAUGUAUGGGGGAGUCCAGCAACAACUUUGCAUGGGACAUUGCAUAGAACCCUGGACCCCACCUCUCCAACAUGGAAGUGGAGGCUAACUCAAUUUUGACACAGCAUCUCAACUUCCAUUGCCGUACAGAUAGAAGCCAGCUUAGACUGCUCCUAUCAUGGCUCCAGGUGUUAUUGUUCAAAAGGGCUCUCCAGCAUUUGCUGAGAUUCCUGAUGGCGAUGGCUACAAGUUUCAUGUUGGAAAGGGUAAGUUCCAGGCUUAAUGCAAAGCCCUGUGCCAUGUGAUGUCCUCAAUGACCCAUGACAUUGAAAUCAGACUUCCUGGCAGGCUUCCUAAAGCUCACUAUUUCACUGUGCACUCCCAUCAAACUCCAUCCAUAGUCUGUCUCUUCAUCUGAGUCUUCUGCAAUAGAACCUGCUUGUGACCUUCAGCACUUGCACUAUCCCUUCUCCCUGUGAAAAGCACAAGCUGAUCCUGCCUCUAUGCUAUCCUCUGAACCUCUUCUGCUGUCCGAUCCCACUGCCUUUUGUGUGUGAGUUUGCACUGCCUCCUGGCUCCCUGCAAAUAUAGGACAUCUCUCUAACUCCCUCCAAUAAUAAUGAAAAUAAGAACUGUAGAUAUUGGAAAUCUGAAAUUUUAAAAAAAAGAAAAUGCUGCAAAUACUCAGUAGGUUAGAUCAUAUCUGUGGGAAAAGAAACAGAGUUAAUGUUUCAGGUUGAAGACCUUUUGUCAGUGUUCUGAUGAAGUGUCUUUGAUCUGAAAUGUUAACUUUUUCCGCAGGUCCAGCAUCACCUGCUGAGCAUUUCCAGCAUUUUCUGUUCUCAUUUUCCUUCAGUAAUACUUCUACGCAGCAUCUGAGAACUCUGGAGCCCAUUCUUUCCUAAGUUGUGGUUUUCUUAACAACGCCCCAAGAGAGCUUCUGUUAAGUUGCCUGCCAGCAUCUGCUGUAGUCAUAAUGUCCUUUCCCUUGAAGAGGUCCAACAUUCUUUAAUUAGUGCGGGCUGUCCUUCACUGACAUCAGCCAGUCAUGUUAUUGAGCCUUGCUGAAUUGUCCAGCCAAUAAACAACGCAGUUAGUGCCGGCUGGAUACUUCAAAUGUUAUGAUGAGAUGACUACAUAAAAUUUGCAUCCCACCUACUUUACAUUGUGUAGGCAUGGAUCAUAGAAUCAUAGAACAGUACAGCACAAUACAGGCCCUUCGGCCCACAAUGUUAUGCCGAUCUUUAAACCUCGCCUAAGACUAUCUAACCCCUUCCUUCCACAUACCCUUCUAUUUUAAAUUCCUCCAUAUGCUUAUCUAGUAAUCUCUUGAAUCUGACCAAUGUACCUGCCUCUACCACCACCCCAGGUAGUGCAUUCCAUGUCCCAACCACUCUCUGGGUAAAAAACCUCCCUGUGAUAUCUCCCUUGAACUUCCCACCCAUUACUUUAAAGCCAUGCCCUCUUGUAUUGAGCAUAAUCUCUCUGCCCAUUUCUAGAGGCAAUCAUAGUUAGUUCCUCAUAUUUUCUGUCCAUUUUCUGUCUGGUCCUCUCUUUUAGCUGAAAAUUUAAUAAAGUGCCCAUUAAUGUAAGUUGUUUUUGGUGUGGUGGCAGUGGCUUUCAUUGUGGUAGAGAUCAACAAUGCUUUGGUGAUCUCCAUUUAUUAUUGAAGUUAUUUAUGUGUGAGAUUUGGCAGUGAAGGAUGGCAGGCUUUUGAACAGGGCAAGGAAGAAAUAAUUUAUGCUAACAUGGACGCAUUGAGUAUCUCUGACCCUUGGCAACAUCAGCUGGAAAAGAAAACAAUAGAUUCAUUUAUAUAGCACCUUUAGUGAUCCUGGGACUUCACAAAAUACCAAUCAAAUACUUCUUGAGUUGUAGGGGAACCAUUACAGAAUCGCCACAUAAUGUAACAUAGAAUCUAGUGCCAGGGCAUUAAAAAAGUUAUCCCCUAAUUGCCGUUAGUUGAAAGUUGUUAACUAACUGCUCCAGAUUGUUUGUUGCUCCAGAUUCCACCUUCUGCAGUCUCUUGUGUCUUCUUUGUGCAAUUCUCUAUUGAAAGUUACUAUUGAGCCUUAUUUCCCUCUUUCAGACAGUACUUUCCAGAGCAGAACAGCUCAGAGCAUAAGAUCACUUCUUCUUAACUCCCUUCCUGUUGUAAUUUAGGGAAUGUGGCAGCCAAUUUGCACACAGCCAAGCUCCACAAAGAGCAAUAAGUUAAUAACUGAACAACCUCUGGCCAGGAUACGGGAGAGAAUUACCUUGCUCUUCCACGAAUAGUGCUUUUAUAUCUAUAUCUCCCUCAAAGAGAAGAGGUGAGGCCUUGGUUUAAUAUUUCUUUCAAAACCAGCACUCUCUUAAUUCUGCAUUGAAAUAUCAGCCUAGAUUAUCUGCUCAAGGGUUGGGAAAGGACCUGAACCCACCAUUUCCUGACUCAAGGGGUGAGACUGCUACCAUUGAACCCUAUAGAUCAGGUUUCACAUAUGCACUGUUGGAAUAUAGUUCCUUCACUUUCCCUUCUCCAAUAACGCCAAAACUGUUAUUACUUGCUUAAUACUUAUAUAUGGAAUAACUCAAUCUAUUUCAAUCUAAACGACAACAAGCAAGCAUUCAUUCUUUUCAGCUUCUUUAAUACCUAUACUUUUCAAUCUCAAUUUCAUCACUUCCCUAACUUCUACCUCAUAGUAAGUCCAGAAAUGCUGAACUUCACAAUCUUUUUUGGCACCAAUCUCUGGCCCCAUGUGCCAUCUGUUUAUCAUGAAUGUUUUCUGUCAUCUCCAUAGAGCUAGCCAUUUUAACUUCUGGCUCUCUUCCUUAGCAGUUGAAAUUCAAUGUCACUAUUGAUUUGAGGUUUGAUUUAUCAACAUUCUCUGUACUGACCCUACCUAUUUCUGCACUGCAGUAGCCAAGGUUCAUCAGAAAUCUGAGGCCCAAGUUCUCUUCCACACUCCUGACACCCAUACUCUGAGGAAGUGCACAGGUUUCCCUUGCCUCCAUUCAUCAUGCACACUCCCAAAUCUUUUCACAUCUUCAUGCUAUCCCACUUUAUGUUUGUAUCAUUAUGUUCUGUCCCCUCCUUCCCAGUGCAUUUUCUGCCUUUCUAUUGACUAUUCCCUUUAGGGGCACAGUGGAUUUUAAAGCAAUGUUAAUUUUAUAAAUAUAAAAUAAUUAUGUGAUGAAGCACGGUUGUACACAGAUAUGUUCGGAAUAUUAAGCUCAUUCGCUGGUUUCAAGUUAUACCGUCUAUUGGAAACAAUCACAAUAAGGGGUCCUUGUGAGGCUGACAGUACUUGGAGGUCCCUUAUCACUCUCCCUGGCCACCCAUCCUUCCCCUCUAUCCUCCAACCCCUUGCACAAUGCCUUUGUGCCAUGUCUUGGGGUAUAGUUGAGGAGGUCAACUUCAUACCACAAAUAGCAACACUAAUAUUAUUUCUAGUUUUCUAUAAUCUUAAGAUGACUACU